ACAUCAGCAACAAUCUCGAGUCGCGUCUUGUCUAUUUCGAUUUUGUAUCUCCCCCAUUUAGAGAAGUGGUCAGAGAUAUAAAGCUGUGAUAAUGUCUGCUACACCGGAAGAUCGUCCCGGCUCGCCGGUCGCUGAGGAGAAUAACCACCACGAAGAGAACGGUCAUGAAGAGAACGGUCAUGAAGAGAACGGUCAUGAAGAGAACGGCCAUGAAGAUGCGGAAGCGACAAAUAUUGAGAAUGAAGAGCAGGAGAAUGAUAACGCUGCUGCCGAUCUGUUGUCCGAUGACGAGUCGGUGUUGUCGGAAGUCGAUGAAGCGCAGUUCGAAGACUUCGAUCCCGACAAUGUCGCUAUCGAAGAGCGUCCUGCUCUGGCGAUUGAUGAGGAGAACCUGAAGCUCAUCGGUCGUCACAAGCGCAAGCGAGAUGGCGAGGACGGAGAGAGACCCAAGAGAAAGGAGGGUCGGAGAAAGAAGCGACGAGACGACGAGGAGGUCGGCGGAGAGGAAGCGGAGGGAAAGGGUCGCAGGAGAAGGGAUGGUGACCGCAGGAGGAGAAAGGAGGCCACUCCAGAAGACGAGGAGCACUUGGAUCCCGCUACGAGACGCCGCCGAGCCCUCGACCGUGCUAUGGACGAGGCACUGAAGAAGCCAACUAAGAGAAGAGCUCGCAAAGCGGAUGGCAUUGACCUGGAACAGAUGGCCGAUGCUGAGAUCGAGGAUGUCCGCAAGCGCAUGACACAGGCAGCCCAGCUGGACGCCGUUAACCGCCGGGAAGGUAAGCCUGCGAUGCACAAGCUCAGGAUGCUCCCGGAAGUGGUGUCGCUCCUGAACCGCAAUCAAUAUGUCAACAGUCUGGUUGACCCCGAGAUCAACCUUCUCGAGGCGGUAAAGUUCUUCCUGGAGCCUCUGGACGACGGAUCGCUGCCAGCAUACAACAUUCAGCGCGACCUCAUGAACGCGCUGGCGAAGCUGCCUAUCAACAAGGAAGCUCUGAUCGCCAGUGGUAUCGGCAAGGUCAUUGUCUUCUACACCAAGAGCAAGAGACCGGAACCGGGCAUCAAGCGCCAGGCGGAACGUCUGCUGGCGGAGUGGACUCGCCCGAUCCUGCAGCGGAGCGAUGACUACUCGAAGCGUGUGUACCAGGAGGCGGACUUUGAUCCUACGAAGCUGGCAAUGCGCCCGCAGGUACUAAAUGCGCAGGCCACGGCGGCGGAAGCACGUGCACGCGAGCUCCUUCCGCCGCGCUUGGCGAACCGCGCGCGGGUGGACCAGACUCAUACGUCGUACACGGUCGUGCCGCGCUCGACCGUUGUGCAGGAGAGCAAGUUUGCCCGUCCGCUGGGUGCGAGCGGAGAGGAUCGUUUCCGCCGUAUGAAGGCGCGGCAGAUUGCGGCUCAGAAGGGAUCCCGGAGAUAGAGCAUGGCUGUCUUGCUCUGUCCGUCUCUUCGCCCUCUAUCGACUCUAUAUCAUUCACAAACACUGGGGCCUAUGGGAUAGAAUCCACCUGGCACCUGUCUGCGAUGAACUGGGGUUACUUUAAUCUUUCUGCGAUGUGGACCCGCAUGGGUCUCGUUCUGGGGCAUUUCCGGUGGCGUCUACGGGUCAUGGAGUCUGGUU